AUCCCGGGACUCCAGGAUCAUGACCUGAGCCGAAGGCAGUCGCCCAACCGACUGAGCCACCCGGGCGCCCUGCCUCGCCGCUUUAAAUCCCACCUCAUAAUGCUGCAGGUCUGCGUCAGGCAGCAAGAGGAAAAGGCCUUUAUUCCGUCAACGCCGGAGCGCCACCUGUUGCCUGCAGAGCUAUCCUUGCUCAGUCCGCUGUUCCGGAAGAGGAGGGACCAGACUCCUGAGCCAUCACCCUCGUGGCUGACAGUCUGCGACGCACACAUGGGGUCGUCUGCGUCCAAGGCUGCCCACAGGGCGACCACCGAUGAGCCCACAGAACCCGAGGCGAAACACCUGGCGGACCUAAUACAGUACAUAAAUGGAACAAAUAUGAGUGUUAAACAUCUGGCUGAUAUUCUUUCUGAGAAAGCCGGGAGCAGCAGCUGGGUGGUAGUAUUCAAAGCCCUGGUUACUGUACAUCACCUUAUGGUGCAUGGAAAUGAGCGUUUUAUCCAACAUCUUGCAUCUAGAAACUCUUUGUUCACUUUACACAACUUCCUGGAUAAAAGCGUCAUGGAAGGCUAUGCUAUGUCAACCUUCAUCAGACGAUAUAGCAGGUACUUGAAUGAGAAGUCACUCGCAUAUAGACUGAUCGCAUCUGACAUCACCAAAACCAAGAGAGGGAUGGAUGGUAUGAUGAGAACUAUGGAUACAAAACAGCUGCUAAACACUCUUCCAGUUAUUCAAACUCAGUUUGAUGCUCUUCUUAAUUUUAACGCAAAUCCUGAUGAACUAACGAAUGGUAUAAUACAUGCUGCUUUCACGCUCCUCUUUAAGGAUUCUCUUCGCCUCUUUGCAGCCUAUAAUGAGGGGAUCCUUAAUUUGCUAGACAAAUAUUUUGAUAUGAGGAAAAACGAAUGCAAGGAAAGUUUGGAUAUUUACAUCAAGUUCCUCGAAAGAACACACAAACUGGUACAGUUCCUGAAAGUUGCAGAGCAAGUUGGAAUUGACCGGAACAACAUUCCAUAUCUUACACAGGCACCCCACAGUUUACUUGAAGCGCUAAAACAGCAUUUAGCUUCUUUGGAAGAGAACAAUGACAGUUUGCUUCCUUACAGUCUCCAGCAUGCAUUCAUCCCCUCUAUCCCAAAUAAUCCAGUUAUGAAAGCUUCAGCAAGCAGAGCUUGGUUUGCAGCCCACAAACCUGUUGGAGCCAGACAGCAAUGUGGAAAAACCAUAGCGAACAAUCUGGAUGGCUCACUUGCUAGCCUUGUAGGAAAUCUUAACCUUGGAGAAAGCCCAGUCAACAAAUCUGACAGGAAGUGGCCUCAGCCUUCAGAGAUGGAAAUUCCUGGUGGAAUGAAGUGGCAGUUGAAUACCUACACCUGCACAUCAACGCUCUGGAAACAUGUUUCUAUUCCUCCUGUUCCCCACAUGGUAUUGCCUCCAGUGGGAUAUCCAGUGACUUCACAGCAAGUGCCUAUGUAUAGAACGGUUCAAACUCCAAUGGGAGCUCCUUCCCUGAUGGCACCUCAACCUAUGAUUCAUACGCAACCAGGCUUAAGCACCAGCAACUCUUGCUCCAUCCACAAGAAAUAACACACAAUCCAUGUAGAAGUACCAAAGCAAAAAGAUUCAGAUUCAGAGGUGAACAAAGGUGAUGAUCUCUCUACAGCCUGAACUGAAUCAUCCACAGCUUCCAAGUAAAAUAAACAUUCAUUUGAACAUUCAGUACUGUGAGAUUCUUCAAUUCAAUGUUUUGGAGGUGAUACAUUCUACUUCUCUUGUUUUAAUAGUUAUCCUUGAAAUGUUACCCUGCAAAAUUAUCAAAAACUAAAGUUAGUAUCUUAAUCUCCCCUCCCGAAUAACACAAGGACCUUAGAACACUUUUUUUUUUUUAUUAUGUUAGUCACCAUACAUUAGUUUUUGAUGUGGUGAUCCACGAUUCAUUGUUUUCGUAUAACACCCAGUGCUCCAUGCAGUAUGUG